GUCAGUUUUAUUAUGACUACUGAAACGUCUUACAUUGAAGGAAUAAUAGAUCAGAUCAAUUCGAAGAAUGCCAAGAAAGUAGCUUUUCUUUUAGUAGUGGGAUUUGCUUGCUAUCAUGGUAUUCUCCAUUUCAGAUAUGGCUCAAAUUCUUGUAAAUGGUUGCUAUCUGAUGGUAGGUACAAGGCCGACCAAGAGUGGCAACCCUAUGGAUGUAUGCUACACUUUUACACCAAAAUUGAUACUAGAAGGUGUCUUCGAUAUAUUGCUUAUUAUGACUCUGACACACACUUUGUAUUCAUUGGAGAUACAAGAAUUAGAGAAAUGUAUAUAGCAUUUGUAGAACAGUUGGUACAAGAUGAGACAACCAGUCAACAAUCAGCUAAUCCUUUCACAAAUUUGUCCCAUCUGGACAAUAAACUGAAGAUCAAAGUAGAUUUCAUAUGGUCACCAUUUAUAUCUGCUGAUAUUAUAGAUAUUUUCAGGAGAUGGCAAAUAUCUGUUAAUCCUCCUUCAGUUGUGAUUUUAGGAUGUGCUUUAUGGCCUAUAAUCACCUCUAACCAAUCACUAUCAGCAUUACAGGAAUAUCAGAUUAAUGUAACUAGACUAGUACAUCCUAUGGAUAGGUUACAUGAAAAAAAAACAAAGAUAUUAUGGGCAUUACAGGAACCUGUGUAUGAAGCAAAACUGAAACCAGAAUACCAAAUGGUUGAUAAUGAUCUUAUUGAACUUUACAACAAAGCUGCUAUAGAGGUUUUGUCUCAUUCUUCUAUAGAUGUCUGGUGGAGUUCAAGGCUAGUUGGCCAGGGAAUGAUCCAGGAGAGUCCAGAUGGCAUUCAUAUGGCUCAAAGACCACUGAGACAUGAUGCACAAAUAUUGCUAAAUAUGUACUGCAAUGAUAAUAUGAACUUCAAUGAUGGCACAUGUUGUAGUUCUGUGGAAACAAGAACAACAUUGCAGAUUGUCACAUUUGCAAUAUUGGCAAUAUGCGUGUUCAUCGCAGUAUUCAUGAUCAUCACGCGCCUGAUCAUGAACUGCCAAGGAAAACCCAUCCAUGAAUAUCAAAGGGUACCCGAAACGGACUACCAAGUGCAGCAAUCCCUAACAACAAGCUAUUACAGUCUCUUCAAAGCCAUUUCCAAACUGACCGUCAUCAUGUCGUAUUUCUUCGUCUGUGAUCGCACCAACUUCUUCAUGAAAGAAAACAAGUACUACUCAGAGUUCAGUUUCUGGCUACCCAUAGGCUACGUCACGGUUCUAGGACUGUUUUUCACGGAAGAAAGCAAAUUCAACAAGAUCCUGCACCGGGACCAGCUGAACGAGUGGAAAGGUUUCAUGCAGCUGGUGAUUCUAGUGUACCAUGUAACUGGGGCUGCUAAAAUAUUAGUAAUCAACAUGCACAUCAAAGUUUUGAUGUCGACUUAUCUAUUUCUUCUAGGUUAUGAACAGUUUCGGUACGUGUGGUACAGGAAUGACACGAGUGUAGUGAGUUUCUGCCGGAUGUUGUUCCAACUCAAUUUCAUGACCUUCACAUUAUGUCUCUGUAUGAAUCGACCGUACCAGUUUUACUAUUUCGCGCCACUAUUGUCUUUUUGGUAUCUCAUGAUCUAUUGCUUCGUAGCAUUCCCACCGCAGAUCACAGCGUCCAGCUCGGAAAACAAUGUGAUGCAGUACUUUUAUUUGCUGAUCAAGUUCAUUUGUAUGUUCAGUGUCAUAACGAUCCUUUUUAUGUCGGAAGUAUUUUUCGAGAAGGUUUUUGUUACUAGGCCCUGGAAGGCUUUAUUCGUGACUACAGAUGAUGACAUACACGAGUGGUGGUCUAGGUGGAAAAUAGACAGAUAUUCCGUGAUGUACGGUAUGGCUUUUGGUGUUAUAAUGGUACUCGCACAGAGAUAUAAUGUUUUCGAUGAUAACAAUCAUUCUAACCUCUUCUCGAGAGGUGUGUCAUUGACCUCAACGCUGGCAGCUCUUAUAGGCAUAGGAUCGUACAUAGUUUUCACGUUUCUUUGCCGGAAUGAACUAGAAUGUAGCGAGAUACAUUCCUAUAUCGUUUUCAUACCAAUAGUGAGUUAUAUUUUAUUGAGAAACAUAUCAGGAGUGCUACGUACACGAUAUUCCAGCUUAUUUGCCUGGUUCGGUGAGAUUUAUCUUGAACUGUUUAUUAGUCAGUACCAUAUUUGGUUGGCAGCUGAUACUCAUGGAGUUUUGGUUUUGAUACCAGGAUAUCCGGUGUUGAACCUUAUUGUUUCUUCGUAUAUUUUUGUGUGUGCUUCGCACGAGGUGCAUGAUAUUACCAAAGUAUUACUUCCAUAUGCUGUACCCAAUGACUGGAAGUUAGUUUUAAGGAAUUUAAUUUUAUUUUUGGCUGUUUUGGUACCUAUUGGUAUCAGUGAUGGUAUGUUUUAGUUUUUGUUAUUAAAUAUUUUUGUGCGAAAAUAUAUAUCAUACAAGUA